AUGCAUUUCUAUGUUGAUGGACCAAAGAAUCACGGUAUUGCACGGCUUCAUAUGGUCAAAUACCGCGGCCACAGUGACUUUGAGUACAAAUAUCUCUUUGUCGACAUCAAAGGUCACGACAGAAUUUACCUCGAACAAGAGGAUACAACAUCUUCCAAGGGUGGCAAGAAACUCAGCUUCUUUGGAGUGAAGUGGUAA